AUGAGGCCACGUCCAAUUGCGAGUCCAGACACUCUACGUGUGAACAACACCGACCCGCAUAUUGUGAGCUUCCAAGUCGACACUAGACCGCCUUCAGGUCUGAGGCCAAAUGGUCGUACAAUUGCAGAACCAUGGCAACUCAAGCACCGGACUUUUUUCCCCUCGUGUAUCACACCUACACAACCUAUUUCAUUUUAUGAGGGCGAGUUUUCGCGCUCCAUAACCUCGAAUCACCCUUGUUGUUGGCCCUACCACAAAGCGCUUCUCGAUAUGAGUGUUCUGCCGCCAUUUCGCCCGCUUGCCUUGAAUCUUCCUCGACCACCAGAUCAGGCAUACCUGCGACCAGAGAGCAUGAUCCUUGAGGCCAUGUCUCGUGCCCUCAUCCACAGUAUAUUUGAGGACAUUGGGUAUAACAACAAUGUAUCGCACACUGACACUCUUGUGAGCAACAACAGCCGAGAGGAAAAAUGCAGAAAAGCCCCGAACUUCAAGGAAACAAACCCUGAGAGAUGUGCGCAUACGACUGAGCAGCUGGGUAAGCUGAAUACGCAAGUGGAUGAAAAGCCCCAAUGGUCAGAUCCCGAUGGCUCAAAGACCAAACGGGCCAGGAAAAUGAUGCGACUACGGAAAUUCGCUUUUCAAUUCAUCAUCUUUGGGUUCAAUGGCUUCCUCCUCUUCGGUUCAUGGUGGUUCAAAGGCUAUCACUAUGUCUUUGCGCCCUUCAUUGCCGUUGGUGUACUCAUAAACUUCAUCGUCACAAUGAGUCUUCUCGUGUGGCUGCUGUUCCGCAAAAUCAACCCUGAGAUCAAAGCUCCUCCGCCUCUCGAUCCUGAAACGCUCAUGCUCAUCAUCCCAUGCUACAACGAGAAUGAAGGCGAACUGCUGAGUUCAAUAGACUCCCUUGUAGAGCAAAGAGGGCUACAUGGCUAUGCACGGGCUUGCUUCAUCAUAUGCGAUGGCAGGGCCCGUGGUCCGGGCAUGACCGAAACCACAGGCGAUUGCCUACUCGAUACCAUCCUCACUGAGAAGACAUAUCGCAAGCACAUUGAGAAAGCAUAUAUAGCAUACGAUAAUGAGCCCAUGGAUGUAACCAUACAGAAGGGUAUCUAUAGAGGUCUGCCAUACUUUUGUAUCGUCAAGAUGACGAACAAAGGCAAGCGUGACGGUAUAAUUCUAAUGAGCUCCUUCGCUUACAAGUUUAAUAAGCGAAUGGAAAGCCCAAAGACAAUCUUCUCCAACGAAUUCUUCGGAGAGAUGACAUGCUUCUCUCUCGAGGAUUGCGACAUCGACAAUUUUGACCAGAUAUUUGGAAUGGAUGCAGAUAGUGUCUUUGAUCCCUGGUGUAUAUGGUACUUGCUUGACGAAAUGAGAUACCCAAAUUGCUACGGUGUAUGCGGUGUCGUCUGGGUCGACUUUAAGGAUGGCCCAUGGAAUCUCUGGCGCCUCAUGCAAAACGCCGCUUACACCGUUAGCCAAGGACUUCCUCGUCUCCAUCAAUCCAUCGUCACUUCUAAGGUGACCUGCUUACCAGGAUGCUGCCAAGUGCUCAAAGUCUGGGAAGAAAAUGACGGAGAUGACACACUGCGAACGCUGUUCGGGUACUGCCCUAGUCCUUCUGAUGGCAUGCUCAAGCAUUUACGCAGCGCAUAUAGCGAGGAUCGUAACCAUGUUUGCAACGUCACGCAUUUUCCACAUGUACAAACCCGACAGGCAAUCCGAGCUGUCGCUUGGACUGAUGUUCCUACCUCGUUAUCCGUCUUUGCAUCCCAGCGUAAACGCUGGUCCAUGGGGGCCACGGUUAACGAUAUGGAUCUUAUGUUGGCCAAAAAUACACAAUGGUUUGAGCAUGUUCGAGCGUUUGGCAAUGUUCACGCUUGGUUUUGCAGCAUUUUCAUCGUGGGAUCCCUCGCUGGACUGAUCCACUCUGCCCGGCACGUCCCCUGGUAUGUUACUGUCGGGGUUCUCUCAGGCGUGAUUGUCCAAUACUUGUACAUGCUUGCACUUACCUUCUGGAUGCCUAAAACCCGAAAGGCGAAAUGGCAAUACGUAGCGGGACUCGUUAUCUAUAUCAUCACCGGGCCUUUUCUCACGCUCUACGUCCUCUUCUACACGACAUGGCAUCUGGAUUCCUUCGACUGGGGGAAGACUCGACAAGUAAUCUCUGAAGACACGGAUGGAUAUGAAGCGGGAGAGAAAAAGAAACGGACAUCCGAAGACAGGGAAGCAACUGCUGGACUCAGGAGAUCAGCUCCCUGGUAA